GAUCACUGCUCACCCCCACUGAGGGGCUCCGGGGCAGGUGUGAACGGGUCCUGCCCGGUUGGGGAGGAAGCAAGCGCCUUCUUCGACUUCACGGUUUCGUGAGAUGAGCAAAUCCGCUGCCCUCGUAGCGUCGGGAGACUUCCCCACCUUCGGAAUCCUUCGAUUUGCAGCUGCACCCAUGAAGCAGCUCUUCUUCGUUUACUGGUAUUUCUCUGGUAUUUUAUUUCGUUUUUCUCGUCGAGGAGGUCGAAGUGGGAGAGCGUUGUGGUGAAGUUGUGUGGGUUUUGGUGGGAUCGGUCGCGCUGCAGCCAUGAGUGACACUAGCAGUGGCAAUGACUGGGAGCUUGUCACGGGUGUGAUUUCGUCUCACCCUUCUUUGGAUUCCACUUCUAAUGAUGCGGGCGUUGAAGGAGGUGCUGAGGGAGGUCCUGAUGGAGGGACUGUGGAUUCAGGUGUGGGCUCCGGUUACUUCCUGUGUAAUCCAACCUCUCCCACGAAGCGCAUGGGUUUCCCCAGCUGCGGUGGCAUUGAGAGAUUUGAUGAGAUGAAACCUACCGGAAUGGUGUCAACUGCUGCGCCAGUGGAAGAUUCUUACCCUGUUAAGGAUGUCAAGAACAAGCAGGUUGAGGAUCUUGAUUUCUCAAGCAGCAUUCUGAUGUCUGACAGUUGCAAUGCACAGCUUCAUGAUUUAUCCAAAUUGGAUUGGAUGGAGCCCCUGCCUCCAGGCACUGAACAUCGGCUUCUAGAACACGAAGGUAGUGAACUUGGAAGUACAAGCAAUCCAGAUUCUUUUUCGUCUAAAAUCAAGGCCACGUUGGAACGUGAAUCACGUCAAGUUGGUCCAUUACUGGGCUCAUGCAUGUCUGCUCCAUCUUCUCCAAUAAUUGUCAGUCGAGAUAAUUCGUUUCGACGCAGUCUCAGUGAUGACAUCGUAGGUGAAGCCAUUGGUGGUGAUGCUACUUCUCAGCGUCCGUGUCUAACAGCAGUGGAGGCAGAUACAUUAUCAAGUGUUGAGCAUGAGAUACUCUUGGCACACUCUGCUCUCAUAUCUCCAGACUCAGAUGCAGCUUUGCACAAGAUAGGCGUGUCGCGCGAGGAGGGCUCGACAUCUUCACUUCAAGAUGAGUGUGCCUCUGAAACCUGGUGGAGUAAACAAGUGUAUGGUCGACAAGCUAGUACAUAUUGGUCUCUUGCUUUAGCUGCGGCUGUGAUGGGCCUUUUCAUUAUUGGGCAUCGAUGGCAAUACAAGCGACGCCAAAACCAGCAGCUUCGUUUGCGCCUCAUCGCAAAAGAUGAGAAGAUAGGUCAGCUCAUUUUGCAGCUGGCUCGUUUGAAGGAAGCAUUGUCAGGUCGGCGGCGAGUGCCCGUCCUGCGGUCCGGCUCUUAUCUAGGACUAGGCUCUUUCAACUGCUAUUAGACUGGGUCACUUGCUUCUCAUGUCUUGCUUACUUCUACGUGAGCUCUUAGGAAAGUGAUGAUGAAAAACUAGAUAAAACUAUGAAAUACUGUUUAAAUCCUCUGUAAAUUUUGUUAAAUAGUGGGUUAAGAGUUUGACACAGCAGGUCGCUGAAACGUUUAGAAUUCCGAAGCAGAUGAGUUCGAUAGUGCUCACUGUGUCGAGUUCUUUGACCAGAUAAUUAUGCCUUUUGCAAGCUUAGCUAUGUGAAGCUUAAUUUGGGGUGUGACUAUAUCUGGAUUGAAACUAAACCAGAAAAUUAUAUGAGACUUGCUUUACAAGAAUUAAUAAGA